AUGACCACCGCAAUACUACAAAUCUAUGACAACCUCAACCAGUUAACAAGAUGCAGAACGCUGUUGGACACGUGUUCAACGGCAAACUUCAUCACGGAACGGCUGGCGUCAAGGCUCCAGCUACGCAAGAAGAAAUGCUCAACGUCCAUUACAAUAUUAAACCAACUAACGACGUCGAGUAUUUCCUCACUCACGGCAACGAUCCGAUCGAAGUCCGGCGGAUUCGAGAAAACUCUGGAAUUUCUCGUUAUCCCCCACAUCUCGGAGACGGAGCCACAACAACACAUCGACCGGAGCUCUAUCCAGAUACCAGCAAAUCUCCAACUUGCUGAUCCAGAAUUCCACAAGCCAGCUCCAGUCGACAUGCUACUGGGGACCGGCAUAACACUUUCGCUGCUCAGCGUCGGGCAAAUCGACCUUUCACCUCGCAAUGGACCUGAGCUUUUUCUGCAAAAGACCCAAUUAGGGUGGGUAAUUGGUGGCAGUGUUAGUUCUACAACAAGCCGAGAACAACAACGACCAACGCCUUCCUCCAUCAAAUCCACGCAGCAGAAAAGAAAUACAGUUCCACAAGUCACCGACGAGUCAGCAUCUCCAACGAGCAGAGAGGCAGACGAUUCGCCAGACGAUGCCACGCAGCCGACCAAGGGAGUGCAGUCUUCAGCGAACCAAGACAAACCCCCCAAGCGGACUUGUCACGUCACUCAACUUGAGUUCGACGUAAAGAGAUUCUGGGAGAUCGAAGAAGGACCAUCUACGCGUCAUCUCUCCUCAGAAGAACUAGCCUGCGAGGAGCAUUUUCAGCGCAACGUGCAACGGGAUGACACCGGCCGAUAUAUCGUCGCACUACCAUUCAAAAGGGAUCCAACUUGUCUCGGACAUUCCCAUAACAGAGCUCUCAAACGUUUCAACUCACUGCAACGACGAUUCAAACGAGAUCCAGCCUUCAAAAAUCAAUAUACCACAGUCAUGCAAGAGUACCUGGAUCUCGGUCACAUGUCCGAAGACACUGACCCAAACAACAACCAUGGGUUUUUCCUGCCUCAUCAUGCAGUCGUGAAGGAAACCAGCAUGACUACCAAACUUCGUGUAGUCUUCGACGGUUCGGCAAAAACCGACACAGGGGUUUCUCUCAAUGAAACUCUCAUGGUCGGACCAACCAUUCAGGAGGAUCUUUUCUCGCAUAUUCUUCGGUUUCGACUUCACAAUUACGUCCUUACCGGAGAUAUCGAGAAAAUGUAUCGGCAGUUCCUUCUACGCGAGGAAGACAGGAAAUUUCAACGGGUCAUCUGGACCAAUCCAAGAGGCGAAGUGAAAACCUUCAAACUCAACACCGUCACCUUCGGUUUAUCUCCGGCUCCAUUUCUAGCCACACGAUGUCUUCAACAACUUGCCGAAGACGAAGGACAUCGAUUCAAGUAUGCGGGACACAUCGUGAGACGCGACUUGUACGUUGACGACCUGUUGACCGGAGCAGCCACCGUAGAAGAGACCAUCAGCAUCCGGGACGAAGUUAUCGACUUGUUGCAUCACGCAGGUCUUAACAUUCGUCAAUGGGCAUCAAACUGUCCCACCAUCCUUCAAGGACUUCCGGAAGGCAGUGUCAACGUCAAGCUCGAAGCCCACGAUGACAAAACAUUGAAGACUCUCGGCGUGGCAUGGAAUUCCCUCGAAGAUUCCAUAGUCUACUCAGUGACACCGAUCGCUGUCGAUACGAGAGUCACCAAGAGGACGAUUCUCUCUAACAUUGCCAAAAUUUUUGAUCCACUGGGAUUACUUGGUCCAGUUAUCAUCACUGCCAAGCUGAUCAUGCAAAAAUUGUGGCAAAUCAAAUUGGAUUGGGAUGAAUCCGUUCCUCACAACAUACAUUCCACGUGGGUAAAUUAUUGCUCACAACUCAACCUAUUGAACAACAUGGCCUUCCCACGACCAAUUCUUCUGUCGGACGUCGCAGCCACUCAACUCCAUGGAUUCUGCGACGCCAGCGAGAUUGGCUAUGGAGCGUGCAUUUAUCUGCGAUCCAGCAAUGCCAACGGCCAAAUUCAAUCCAGAUUGUUGUGUGCAAAAUCUCGUGUAGCUCCUCUCAAGUCAGUCACCUUACCACGCCUCGAGCUCUGCGGCGCACAAUUAUUGGUCAAAUUGUAUGCCACCGUUCUUAAUUCAAUUCACGUGAGAAUUGACCAAACCAUAUUCUGGACCGAUUCAACGAUCACCCUCCAUUGGAUCAACUCUUCCCCACACUUGCUGAAAGCAUUUGUAGCGAAUCGAGUUUCCGAUAUCCAAACGAAGACAUCGAGCAAUAUGUGGAGACACGUGCUGUCUAAGGACAAUCCUGCCGAUGCCUUAUCACGCGGUCAACUGCCCGUUGAGUUUAUCCAAAACUCCGUUUGGAAACACGGUCCAAGUUGGCUAUCGCAAGACGAAUCUUUCUGGCCUCAGCUCAAACUCCCUUCCUUGGACAUGCUACCGGAAAUCAGAAGCAAAACAUGUCUACUCACAACGACAGCAGCUUCGUGUGAGAUACUGCAGCGGUAUUCAUCGAUCACCAAAUUGCAACGAAUCGUUGCAUACUGCCUUCGAUUCAAACCGGACAACCGCUUCAAGGGACCUGUGUCAGCCGAGGAAUUGAACACCGCCAACAAAACCAUACUCCGUUUGACACAACGAGAAUGCUUCGCCGAAGAGAUGCAAGAUUUAUCUCAAGGUCGCAGGGUUCACCGCAAGAGCAAACUCAACACGCUCGACCCAUUCCUCGACCGAGACGGCAUCAUACGAGUGGGAGGACGUUUGAAGCAUUCAGACAUCCCAUACUCCCAACGACAUCCGAUCGUGCUUCCCAAAUCGCACCAUUUGACAACGCUCAUUUUGCGAAACGAACAUUUACGCAGCAUGCACGCUGGUGUCCAAGCCACGCUGUACAGUACCCGACAACGAUACUGGCCCCUCGAUGGCAGAAACCAAACAAGGAAGGUCAUCCGCCAGUGCAUCAAAUGCUUCCGUGCAAAUCCACCAAACACAGAAUGCAUGAUGGGAGAUCUGCCAAAAGCUCGCGUCAACGAAGAUCGACCAUUCAACAACGUCGGGGUCGACUACUGCGGUCCUUUCUUCGUCAAGGAGAAGAAGUUCCGUAACAGAAACCGAAUCAAGGUCUACGUCGCUGUCUUUGUAUGCCUCGCUGUGAAGGCAGUACACCUGGAGCUAGUCAGCGACAUGACCACCGAUGGCUUCCUGGCAGCCUUACGUCGAUUCACUGCUCGACGAGGGAAAUGUCAUGCCAUCUAUUCCGAUAACGGAACGAACUUCGUUGGAGCAAAUAGAGAGCUCAAAGAAAUUCAUCAACUGCUGAGUUCACAGGAUCAUCAACGCAAAGUGGAUGCCUACUUGACCAACGAAGGGAUCAACUGGCAUUUCAUUCCGCCAAGGUCACCAAACUUCGGAGGUUUGUGGGAAGCGGCAGUGAAGUCGUUCAAACACCACAUGAGACGAGUGAUAGCCAACGAAUUGCUGACUUUCGAAGAACUCAACACCUUCAUCAUCGAAAUCGAAGCAAUUCUCAACUCAAGGCCUCUCACUCCAUUGUCUUCGGAUCCGAACGAUCUUUGUGCUCUAACUCCAGGACAUUUCUUAAUCGGCAGCGCACUCAACACAUUACCGGAGGUCGACUUCACAACCACUCCAUCGAACAAACUCUCCAUCUGGCAACAUCUCCAGAAACUCAAGCGUGAUUUUUGGGCGAGAUGGUAUAAGGAAUACCUCAAUGAGCUAAACAUUCGCCACAAGUGGACCAGCGGCAGCCAUGACAUCAAGAUGGGAACGCUCGUUCUCGUUAAAGAGGACAACCUACCACCCAUGCAGUGGGCUCUCGGACGGGUUCUCGAAGUCCACCCUGGUACAGACGGCAUCAUCCGAGCAGUCACCAUCCAAACCGUGCAAGGCAAUAUUAAACGAAACAUCAGACAACUUGCACCGUUACCAACUGAUGCAGGCAGCGAAUUAUAA